UAUGGUGACGAAUUUUCCACGUAGAUUCGUAGCGCCCAGCAAGGGGCGUUCGGGGUGGGAGCCCCGCUCCAGAAGUGGCUCCCUCUGAACGUCCGUCGGCACGCGACGGGCGCUUCUAGGGGUUUUCUGGAUCAGUCAGCCGGUGUCAUUCACCGGGACGCGGCGUCUGCUUGGACAAAUUGUUCUCGGGGAUGAAAUUCGGUAGUCGAUCGAGACGCGAGAAAAAAACAUCCGGACGAACGACCGCGGGGCCGGUCGAGCCCAGUUUCUGCAAAAACUGAGAGUGAAAUUCCAUAAGAUCCAAAAAAGCGGAGGAACUAGUCUCGCCCGUUUCGAAAGGAGAGAGAAGACCGAGGCCCUACGCGAUUUCUUGGCGGACCGCUCGACGGCGAUUCAAAAAUAAAUUCGAGAAACGCACCGGUUCGCGUACACCUAGUACUACCUCGUGCACGGGAACAGGUUGGAACGACGCGCGCUUCGAAACUUCGAAGAAUCGUUCGGUCGCUCCGGUUUGUUUGUUUUUUUUUGUCCUUCCUUCUUUUAAACGUCGGCGGAACGGGAGCGGAAAAAAAAACGCGAGUGGUGGGAUGAGCCCAGGUGCGGACAGUUGGGAAAACAUGUCGUCCGGAGGUUCGGAAAAAUUGCGACAACGUUGACGGAGCUCGACGACGAAAUAAAAGCGCUCGAACGACAUGACGUUGUUAUUCGAUAUCGGGACGAGGCGAUUACGGUGUCGAUAAAAUAAAGGAAGUCAUCGUCACCCUCGGAGAAACCGGCUCGCGACGAGCCCCAAACACCUAGGGAAAUAUCGUCAACCCGCUCUUGGGGAGAUUGGAAAUAUACCUGUGGAAGUCGGCGACGUUUUCGACGAGCGGAUCAAGGAUGAACGUGACGACCAUCAGUUCCCUGGGGUUCAGCACAGUCGCGGGUGUCGUGGCGUUGGGCACCGGGGUGAUCGUGGAAAAUACGAGGGGAGAACCGGAAGUUAUGGUGGACAACGACCUCGACGUCUCCCCGGUAACGCUGUCUUCGGAUUGGUCGAAGGUCGCGCGUCUUCUGCUGCUAGCUUCCCUUGCCGUCAUUGGGAGCGUUGGAAACGUCUUCAUGAUCUCCGCCAUCAUGGUCGAGGACCAUCUGAAAAAGAGGGGAAACGCGUUUCUGGUGAACGUUGCGUUAGCCGAUCUAUGCGUAACCGGUAUGGUGAUCCCGGCGUCCGCCAUCGUUAUUCUGGCCGACCAGCAAGAAUCACCGAGCAUCUGUCGCUUCGAAUGGAGCGUAGAGGCCGUCUGUUUCCUCGUCACCGUCUUCACGCUGGUAAUCAUCGCCGGCGAAAACUACGCCCGACUCUGCAUGCCCGCCGAAAGGUACGCUGCUCUGACUCCGGGUCGGGUGACGGGGAUAAUACUGGCCGCCUGGCUGAUAGCGGCCAUGACGGUGGCGCUCCAGUCCUCGCUGGAUCCUGGCACGGAUUUUUGCGGUCGUCGAUUCAACGGCGUAGCUCUGUCCGAGGCGCUUGGGGCGAGCGUGGUGGUCGGGGUCCCCGUCCUGGUCACCAUCUUCACCUACCUCUGCCUGGUCCUGCGCGUCCGCCGGGCCACCCGUGGGACCUUCAAGCCGCCCGUGGCGUUCUCCUGGGACUACUCGCUGACGAAGACCAACAUAUACAGCUUCGCGAUGUUCGCCAUAUUCUGGCUACCGUUCGGCGUCACCCUGUGCAUAAGCCGGGUGAAGCCGGUGAGCGCCAGUGUUUUUUACAACCUGGCGUGGUUCGCGCUCUCCAAGUCAUGUUUCAACAAUUUGCUCUACUGCGUGACCGACAGACACUUCAGGAACGCUUACGUGAAGCUGUUUCACUACUGCUGCUGCAAAACUACCGUGAGUUUUUCCAGGCGGCAGAGGGGCGACGGUACCGGGAGGUCCUCCGGCGACGUAAGACUGAGAGUUCACAUCAUACAUUCCUACGCUAGCCCGGCCUCCUGCAGACCCGCCGUGGCCAGGCCGAACGGACGUGACGUUUACGAGCUUUAGAAAAUCAAAAUUUUAAACACUACUUCGUUUAGCUUCGCGAAGGUUAUCGUCUCCGAUGGUCUCCGAGGAGAAGGAGGGGGCUGCGUCGCCGAACAUAACCUAAAACGCGGGCGGUCCGUAUCGAUCCCUUUUUCGGUUCAUCGUACUUCUUUUUUUUUUUUUUUCUUUUCACGGGGAAUCCGUGGAGAAGGUGAAUGAAAAAGAGAGCAAGUCGGAAGCUCGGAUUAUUUCCGACCUCAUUUAUCGUACGGAAUUUCAGCCCCGUUUUUAUUUAAACUUUUUUUUUCAUACUCCAUUCCGUUUUACUACGCCGUAGAGGUGCCCCUCUGUCGGCCUAAUACCGAGGGACUUUUAUCUCGUGUUUUAAAUAUUAAUGAAACAGCGAAAUCCGCCGAUUAUAUCGUCACACCGGUCAUCCGAUAUUUUUAUUGAUUCUCGCUUUUUCUCUGUACAUAGAUUUAUUCAGAUUCCAUUGAAGUUUGGCGGUCCGUAUCGGCGCGUCUAAUGAUAUCGUAUAUAAAAUUUUACUCCAAGACUGAUUGUGUUUUAUUAUUUAUUUUAUUUUACUUUAUUUUUUAUCUCUUUCUUUUCAUUCGCACGUUCUAUUUAUACGAUAUACGUACACCUGUAUGUGUAUAAUACGUAUAACGUUGAUGUGCUUUUGCUCCGUCCAUUAUGUAUUUUUAUUACGUAGUCAAACGCUUCGUGUAAACAUAUGAAAAAAAAAAAAGCAAAAACAAAAACAAAAACGGAAAGAAAACAUCGUUACAUUAUUUUGAUCGAUUUGGAAUGUCUCGUGCGGGUUAUAAGCCAGAUUGAACGAACGAAAAAAAAAAACAACAACAAUCAGACGUACAAUAUAUUUCGACAAGCAAUAGUUUUUCUUUUUUUCACUUCGGAAUUGUCGCUACAUUUUCGUUUUUAUUUUUGGUUAUGUUUUGUCGGGUGUAAUCGACGAACGAAUCAUCAUAUCUUUGACAUCUCCUGUCUACGUGUUGAAAAAUUCAGGAGUCGGUAGGAUAAAGGUGUAACGAAUGAAUAUUUGAGUUGGACAAAUAAAAUAUAUAACGGUCGGUAAAUAUUUGCUACAUGUAUAAAUAAGACGUGAUGGACGGCAUUUGUGACACGUGGUAACGCACUUGAGAUUAACAUUCGAGUUUCCAUGUACAUGUAUAUUAUCCAUAUAUUUUACCUAACCUAACCAAGUAAAAUUAUACCAAAGACUGCUCUUUUAAACGUGAAAUAAUAUACGCACUGAAACAAUUAUUCUCUUCUGAGGAGCGCGUCGCCAUGAAAAGAUUAGAAUUUGCGUAUCAUAUGUAUACUUACGGAUAUAUACGUCUAUAUUAUACUACUUGUACAUGACAUUGCGAUAGUUAUUAACUAUAAACUAAAAAAACACUCCGCAUUCUUAAAUAAUAAUCAAUGUUGUAUAUCCUUCUUACACUGAUCACCGUCAGUUUCUAAAAAAAAAUGGAAGAAAAAC